AUGCCGCCACCAGCAGCAGUACUAAAGAAGAAAGGUGCAUCGAAAAAUCCACCUUUCUUUAGUCAAGAAUUUCUUAUUCAAAAUCACGGUGAUAUUACAAGUGGAAUUCUAAUGCUCUUAGCAGUUGGAACGAUCAUUCAGGCAACAUCAGCUUAUUGUGGCGCAUUCUUUGGUCCUCGUCAUAAUGUUACACAAUUCGAUUCAUUUAAUACAUCAACACCUCCACUUUUCAACUAUGGUUAUAAAGAUUUAGCUAUGCUCUUUGCCUACACACUUGUGUGUAUUACCGUCCAUGCUAUCUGGCAAGAAUAUGUCUUAGACAAAAUAUAUAAGAAACUUCAUUUAUCCAAAGCGAAAAUUGCCAAGUUUUUCGAAUCCGGUCAACUUAUUCUCUUCUAUGUGGUUAGCGUUGUGUGGGCAUUGAUGUUGUUUAAUAAUGAAGAGUAUUUUCAAUCGGGUUUAUCGUAUCUUUGGCGUGAUUAUCCCUAUACUGGCAUGACAGCGUGGACAAAGCUCUAUUUUAUCGUUCAAUUAUCCUAUUGGUUACAUAAUUAUCCGGAAUUAUAUUUACAAAAAGUUCGCAAAGAAGAUAUUCCGUCUCGUCUUGUUUAUACAAGUCUAUAUUUGAUCACUAUUCUCUACGCUUAUUUGACCCGGUUUUGGCGUAUAUCAAUAGUCUUAUUGACAGUUCACUAUUUAAUCGAAAUCUUCUAUCAUGCGUCGCGUUUAGCUCAUUUCUAUGUUACGGGAAAAACGACCUCGGCCUCGACAAAAUCAACAUUAGAAUAUUUAUUUAAAAUUUGGAACGCAGUUUUUAUUUCCGGUCGACUGAUUUCCGUGGUUUUAAUCUGGUUAACAUUCUGGUUCGGUUUACGAAGUACUUCAGUUGAUAAAAUAUCCCUUACACCAACGGAUCAAGACGGAGUUCUCAUUUCCAACUUUAACACUCCAACAGUUCGAUUUUUUACCUUAGUUGUCAGCGGUGCAUUACAAUUUUGGUUAGUUUGGAAUUUUAUCCAGUUCCAUAUGAAACGUCGACGUGAACGAGCUCUUGCUCAAGCAGCAGCUACUAGUUCACUAAAAGUACCCAGUAAACCCAAACAAAAGCAACAAAAUACAACAGAUGGUGAAACAGCUGAACAAUCUGCUUUCUCAUCUACCGGUCAUGGUAAUAAGAAAAAUAACUAA